UGCGGGCAACCGAAGACGGCGCGUAAAAGAAAACACAUCAAUGAAAUAAAAAUAAAAAUAAAUAAAAGUUUCUAAUUUUUACAUUUUUUUCCGCUGUUCAAUGGUGGCUAACGUCAUCCUUCUUCUUUGUUUCUGAUUCAUCAAAAUCAAAAAAAGAAAACAAGAAAAAUAACACAGACAAAACUUCUCCCAUUGGCCUUCAAAUCUCAUCCUGCGCUCCCAAAUUCAGUCCCCAAAUUAUUAUAUAUAGAUAGAUAUAUAUAAGAAAUGGGUUUUCUCGACAUAGCUAUUUGCUGAUUUUUCUUUACAUAUACGAUAGAUAGGGAUACUGUUCUGCUUCGGAGGAAAUUAGGAUCGAUCGGUGGAAGAAAAGGGAUUUUUUUUUUUUUUGGGAAAAAACUCGAUUGGAAACCCUACCGAUGGAAAAACCCUAGGAUUUAUUUAUAUAGUCUGAUGUGCGUAUCGUGUUGAGGAGACUUAGAAAUUGAGAGAUUGAUUGAUACUCUUUUGCGGUAAUUUUGGGGCCGGAAUCUUUUCGUUUCUUUUUUGGUUAGGGCUAGAAAAAGUUACGGGGUUUUUCUCUUCUUCUUCUUCUUCUUCUCUUUUUUCUGGGAGGGUCAAUUUCAUCGUUGUUUGUAUAUUGUAGGAUAAUACGCGGUAGUAGGGAAGCUAUUAUCGGUGUUGUGUUGUGUUGUGUUGAAUCUCGGUGGGUUCGGAUUGAGCUGGAUCGCGAGUUGGAUUGGCCUUAAAUUUCAGCGUUUUGGGGACGAUUCGUUUUUGCGCUGCUUCUUGUUGAGGUCAAAUAAAGUGUUUCGUUCCACUUUUGGUGUCGUGGAAGCUAUUAUCUAGUGGUCGAGCUGACGGGUUUGAAUGUUUGUAUAAAAAUCUUAGUGCUUUCUUAUUGGAUGUGUGUAAUUUUUAGCAAUGGGGAGACGGUUUGAGUAGCUUCAAUAGAUCGCCGUGCGGUGCAAAACUUUUUGUUUUUUUCGAACUUUUUGGUUCCUUCUAGUUGGUUAUUCUGCAUUGAUUAGAGCCAUAUUCAACUAUUGAGAGUUUGUUUUGACCGAGGAUUUGAAGAAUGAGCACAGAUAGUGAAGCUCGGAGCUCAUUGGAUAAGGAUAUUGCUGAUGGCUGUUUGAAAUUCGAAAAGGGAUUGAAGAUCAGGUAUACAAGAGACUUCCUGUUAUCUUUGAGUGAGUUGGAAUGUUGCAAGAAGUUGCCAAGUGGAUUCGACCAAUCGUUGCUGAGUGAAUUUGAAGACACUUCACAUGGUAUUCAUGAUCGUCUCAGAACCCACAGUAGCUUGCCAACACAGGGCUUCAGGCGCACUGAGUAUGGAUCAUCGCCUCCAACUAGAGGAGACUCUGGAAAUUAUUCGAGGCCCGUCUAUGGAAGGUGGGACAGCCGUUCUUCUGGCCGCAGUGACCGAGAUAGUGACUCACAAUCUGAUAGGGAAUCAGAUUCUGGAAGGCGGUAUGGCAAUCAACCUCGGAAGUCCUGGCAAGGCCCUGAGCAUGAUGGACUUCUUGGCAGUGGUUCAUUUCCUCGACCAUCUGGUUAUUCAGCUGGUGUCUCGGCUCCGAAGGUGAGAUCCAAUGAUCAAUACCAUCAUAACCGGAGUAAUGAGCCAUAUCAUCCUCCUCGCCCAUAUAAGGCAGCUCCCCUAUCACGAAGAGAUACCGAUUCAUACAACGAUGAGACAUUUGGUUCAACUGAUUCCACUAACGAGGACAGAGUGGAGGAAGAAAGAAGGAGAAGAGCUUCCUUUGAGUUGAUGAGGAAAGAGCAAACUAAAGCUCUGCAAGAGAAGCAGAAACCAAAUGUCGAGAAGCAUAAAGUCGACUCCAUCUUGGAUGUUUUACUUAUGCCCGAUGAUGUCAAAGAGGAAAAGAUGGUAAUUAAUCAGGAUAAUGAGUUAGAUGCCACCUCUAACCCAAAUAGCAUUGAUCCUGGAAAAUCUGCUUCGCAUUCACAAGCUCCAUAUAGACCACUUGUACCUCCAGGUUUUAAAAGUUCUGUUGUGGACAAGACAUCUGGUUUGAAAUCUUUAUUUCCGCAAGGUCAUUCAGUAGAGAAUGGCAGUCUUAGUAACAUAGAGGGAAAAGCUUUAGGAGAACUAAAUUCAAAUGAUGAGCCCAAAAAGAGUACUUAUAUAUCCAACAAGGAUGAGCAAAGUGCAAAUUCAUCUUUACUUCCGAAAGUUGCCAGCAAGAAAAUGGGUGUGGAAGACUUUCCUCUUCAAAAUUCUAUUGUAUCAGAAGCUCAUGAAGCCCUAAACGAACCUGACUUUCUCAAAGUUUCUGGUCUGAAACUUGGUGGGGAGUUGAAAGAAAAUAAUUCAACAUCGAUCCUGGAUAAGAUAUUUGCCAACACAGCUGCCAAUGUUAAUAUCUCAGUGGAUUCAGUUGAGAAUCAUGCCAAUAAACCUGAAGAUUCAUGGAGCCCAAAAACUGUGCCCUCCUCAAAGUUUGCUCGUUGGUUUGCUGAAGAAGAAGGGAAAUCUGAAGAUGAACGCUCAAAUAGGCCAACGGAUUUGCUGUCGCUGAUCGUUGGUAGUGAGAAAAGCAGAAAUCAAGUUGACAUAAAGCCUGUGCAGCCUUUUCCAGCGGAGUUCCCUGGUCAGGGACCUGAAAUUGCUAAGAUUGUUAAUGUGCCUACACCAAAUACGCCUUCUACAGCUAAUGGAGUCUCUGAGACACGUUCCAAUGGUAAAAACCAAGUUGUUCCAGCCAUUUUAACCUGUGAAGACCUUGAGCAGACAAUUCUAUCAGAAUAUGGUGAUAAGAGUCCGAAAUCAGAGCUACAUUCAGAUGGCUGGAGCUUAUCUGGUAUGGAGCCUGAGCGGCCAAGAGCCCGGGUAGAUAGUGAUGCUUCUCAACAUCUCCUUUCACUUCUACAGAAGGGAGCCAGCAUAAUAGACACCACAUCCAAAAUUACUCCUGAUGUUUCUUCUGAAUUUCUGCCUGCCACUUAUAAUACUGGACAAGACAUUAGCAAGGAUAUCCAUACUCCAGGAGAGAGUCUAACACUCGAAACUCUCUUUGGGUCUGCUUUUAUGAAGGAGCUAAAAUCAGUUGAAGCUCCAGUUUCUGCGCAGAGGGGUUCUGUUGGUUCUUCUCAGGUAGAAUCUUUGGAACCACAUGGGCUGUUGCCUCUUGCAGAUAAUGGUUUAUUUACUUCCAAUAUGGACCAAGUUGCAAUUGAAAAGAUGAGUAAUGAGAAAAAUAUGUUGGCGUCAAACCGCACGCAGCAAGUAAAAGUCGGAAAAACUGAAAAAUGGCUUGGAUAUGAUGAUCCACAGAUUGACCCGAACUUGUCAAACCACCAAGCUGGAGUAAAUCCUAAACAUGGUGGUUUAGGUAGAUCUGCUGAAUAUCGUCUUCCUGAAGAGGAAAGUUUGAUUGCUGAUGAAGAUCUAAAUGCUCAAUUUUCGAGGUUGAUGCCAGGAAGAAAUUUGAGUAGAAAACAGUCAUUAGUCUCAAAUGGGGCUGAUGAUCUUGCAGACAAACUGGCGGCGAUGGCUGCACGUAAAGAUGAGCGGGCAACAAGUGGUUCAGAUGAUCCAUUUUUGCCUGGUUCUUACAACCAAAUAGAUCGUGAAAUGCCCUACCGUGAUCUUCAUGCGAAAACAUCAUCUUCCCACAUCCAUUCCAUGCAGAUGGGUCAUGGGAGGCCAGUGCUCCAUCCAUUGGAUUCUCAUCCUAGUCAUAUGGACUCUCAAAUGAAGUUUGUUGGUAGAGAGAGCAUGAUGCCGCAUGAAGCUCUCGCAACUCAACAAUUUCCAGGGAAUAUGGGUCGGCCUCCUUUCUCUCAGCCAAUGGGGGGUUUAUCCGGUUUUGAUCAUCCAGCCCAUCACCAAAUUCUGCAGCAAAUGGCUAUACCUGGCAGCUUCCCUCCACACCUGGUGAAUGACUUUCCAAGGGGGGCCCCAGUUCCUCACCUUGGAAAUCAAACAGCCAGUUUCAUGCAGGAAAUUAACUCAGCACAAGGUCAUCCCUAUGGUUCCCACCAUCCCAAUGUUCGGGGCGUCGGAAUGCCAUCACCUGGUGAGUAUGCAUUUUAUUCUUUUCUGUUUCUUGCUUCUACUUAUUUAUUUGAAGGUAUAGGAUAUGAUGUUCUUCAUGAUUUUGUCAUGGUUUGGCUCUCUGUGUUGAUAAAUGUGCGCUCUUUUAACGUUAGCUUGAUCCUCAUAGAUAUUUAACUACUGUGUCUUACUGUGUAACAUAGCUGUUGUCAAUUGGAAUUUUCUUUCCGGUGCUUUUGUGUAUGAUCCUAGAUUUUACCGACGAGUAUUUUUGUUGUCUUAGAAUUUUGCAUUCUGCAGAAAUUUUCAGACCAAAUGUAUCUGUAACGAUUGUGAACAUCUGUAGCUUAGUAGCUUUUGUUUUAAGUUUUAACUAUAUUGGUACUGACAGGUCCUGUGUGGACUGAUAAAUUUCUGUCGCCAUCGCCAAUGUAUAUCACUAUACAUUUUAAUAUCAAUGUUUUCAAGUUGUCAUAACCUUUUUACAUUUUCAAAGCAAUUUACUGCACUUCUAUGCGACACAAAAAUGAAAAACAAAACAAUCUUUUUGUGCCAUAGAAAGUAGCUAUUCAAGUUCUCAGUCAUCACACUAAAGUUGAGUUGUGUGACUUCUCAUUAAUCUCUUCUUGUUGCCUGUUUGGGCCGGCUUAGUCCACAGUUAAAUUCUUUAUGCUGAAAAUCCAGUGUCCCGAGAUUGUUUUCUAAGCAAUAGUCUUCUGUGGAUAUUCAUCGUCAGGUCCUUCUAUUCAUGGUGGAAACAAUCAUCCAGAUGCAUUUCAAAGAUUGGUUGAGAUGGAGCUGAGAGCUAAAUCGAAGCAGCAGAUUCCACCGCCUUUUGCUGGUGGUCAUCACGCCCAGGCAAUGUAUGGUCACGAACUGGAUAUGGGUUUCCGUUAUAGGUAGUUUUGAUCAUGGAAAUCGUUGUCUGCCUCGAAACUUUGAUCAUCAGCUUGUCUUUUAAGGUUAAGUUGGGAUGGCCUUUGGCUUUCCGCCUUUACUCCUAUAGUUUUUGCUGAAAUGUAAAAAUGAAGGAGAGAGCAGGAGAGAAUGUGUAAUAUGUCCAUUCCCAACUUUCUGUGUGCAGAACUGUUGUCAUAUUUCCUUACCAUUCUGUUUAUUCCCAUCUUUUCUUUUUGCCUCUUCCUUCCGUCUACAUAUCUCUAUAUGCAACCAGUCGGGUUUCUUUCAACUCCAGACCUUAACGAUGGCAAAUGUCUCAUCGAAGGACAAUUUCUCUACCUUUUCUUUUCGUAAAUUUUACAGAGAUAAUGAGGCACGAUUCUUCUAUUUCUGUAUGCGGGGCAUUUGAAUCAUCAGAGAAUUUGUGUGAAAC